CUUUCUGGUUUGAUUAUGGAUCGACAGACUGAUAAGAUUGUAGCUGUGGUGUGUGUAAUACAAAAAUUGGUGACGCAGUGCAGCUCAGGGACGCCAGAUGGCAGGGUGAAGGUUGGCCAGUGUUUACACGACAGCAACAGGAUGGCGGAAGGCUGCUAUCAGGAUGGUGCUAUUGCAUUAUUUUAUGGUGGUGGAGGAGAUGCAAGCUGGUGGGGUUGGAUACAGAGUGCAAAAGAAAAGGUAGUUACACAGUCUUCUGAAGUACUGGAGUUUGUGAAGAAGGACAUUGAUGAGUUUACUAAGGUUGUUUCAGAAGAAGCUUCUUCUAUGGUUUCUUCUACAGCUACCACACUAAAGGAAAAGCUAAGACUGGAUGAGGAUGACAGCACUGCCAAUUCAAUGAAGAAAAGUGUAAGUGGCUUCUUGAACCAUGUAGCAGAAGUUUUCACCCCCCCUCCAGAUGAUGGAGACCAGGAAGCAAUUGUAAUACGUAAUCAACAGCCUGUUAUACUGAAUAGACUUCAGGCAGCCAUAUAUGCAGUAUCUCAAGAUGCUGCCACAUAUUUAACUGACCCUGAAGGAGAGGAGGCACAGUAUGAGACCUGGCUCUCAACAUUUGAUUUAGAGUCAUGUCAGACAGAACUCUCAGACCUUCUAGUUAAUAACCAGCCACUCAGACAUCAUUAUACCACUCUUGUUCCAGCUCAGGUUUCACAUGUGGUGUUUUGGCACCGGUACUUCUAUAAGGUUAACCAGUUAGAGGCAGCUGAAGAAAAGAGAAAGAUUUUGAAGGAGCGAGCAGAUAAAACCAGCACUGAUCCUGACCUAGUCUGGGAUGAAGAUGAGGACUUUGGAGGAGACGUAGAAAUUCCAGAGGAGGUACAAGCCCAGCUCUUAGAAGACUACGAGAGAGAAUGUGAAGAGAAUAACAGGAAAAAGUCUGUUACUGACAGUACAGUGUGUGAUAAAACUCAAAUGCCAUCAGAUAAGGAAGCAUCAAUUUCUUCAAAGAAAAAUACAGUCCCAUCUGAAACUAAGUCAAAUACUGGCGUAGAAUUAUUAGAAGAGUUGAAAGUGGAUUUAAGUAAAACUUCAGAGACAUCCAGUAAGCCCUCACCCUCAUCAACAGAAAGCAACGAAGAUGAAUGGGAAAAGGUUGAUGCAACAGAUGCAAGUGCACAGUCUCCCCCUACAUCCUCCUCUGCCACAAAGACCAUCAAAGAGGAAAAGCCAGAGGAACAAAAGAAUGAAGAUUGGGAGAGUUGGGACUGAGAAGUGAGGCAUGGAGAACUUGCCAGCCAUCAUCAUAUAUAUCUAUAUUAAGGCUAGAAAUUGCACUUCAAACAGAUUUGCCUUGUGGUUUGAUUGCAUCUUCAUAUUUUUUACUAACUCAUAUAUUACAUGAUAGAAUUCUUGCUGUUGUCAGAUAAGGUAUAUUUAUUGAUGUAAGAUUAUUGUUAUCUAUAUCAAUAUUUAUUUCAUGAAAAUGCUCUUCAAUUAGAAUACUGUAAAAAAGAAAAAAAAAUCAACAACAGUUUCAGAACAUUGUAAUUUUUAAAUAGAUUAUCUUUUAUUUAUUUUUAUUUAUUUAUUUAUAUUUUUUUUGCAAUCAGUUGGAAAUUGAACUUCAAAACAUAAAAAAGGAUGCAUGUACCAUAAUUUGGUAGGUGUGAAAGGAGGAAGAAAUCUAAUGGAUUUUAUAUUUUCAGUAUGUAGAGCUCAAGCAGUGGAAAUUCAUUAUCAGAUAUUUGAUUGUGGUGUGAACAGAAUGGAUGGCAAGAGGAAUGAAAGUAUGAAUGGAAGCUUUAGUAUGAUUAGUAAUAGAGAAUGAAUUAAUUGUAGAGUGGUGGAGGGGCUUUGGCCACUUGGAGAGAAUGGGCAGGAAGGAGGUGAGGAAAGGAGAAAUAAAUGUAGGAGCUGUGUUGUAGUAAGAUGGUACCAAUGAAAGGAGAGGAUAUAUAUAUAUAUAUAUAUAUAUAUAUAUAUAUAUAUAUAUAUAUAUAUAUAUAUAUAUAUAUAUAUAUAUAUAUAUAUAUAUAUAUAUAUAUAUAUAUAUAGUAGAACAGGUUCCAAGUAAUAGAUAAGGUAAGCAGGAAUACACCAGACUUCCUUCUUUGUUUACUGUAAUAUUUCACCUUUACAGAAAGCAUUAUCAGACACUGCAGGACAUGACGAUGAGGUGAAGUCAUCACUGUAAAAUGAGCCAGCCAUGUGUUAUAUCCUCUGAAGUACACCUGUUUGAAGAGUGAUCCAACCCAUAACUCAGAGCCUGUUCUGCUAUCAGCAUAACCUGGCCCAGGGAACAAUAUCUCCAAGUAAUAGAUUGGAUCACUCUUGAGACAGGUGUACUUCAGAGGAUAUAAUGCAUGGCUGGUUUGUUAUACAUUGAGGACUUCACAUCAUUGCCACAUUAUGCAAUGCCUGAUGAUGUCUUCUGUGAAGGUGAAACAUUGUAAUAAGUGAAGAAGGAAGUAUCCCUGCUUACUUCAAAUAUAUAUAUAUAUAUAUAUAUAUAUAUAUAUAUAUAUAUAUAUAUAUAUAUGAGAGAGAGAGAGAGAGAGAGAGAGAGAGAGAGAGAGAGACCACAAAGAUAUGAUACGGACAAGAAAAUUAACAAAUAGAAAUGUCCACGACAUUCCCUUGAGGGAAUUUCUGUUAACAUUUUAUCAGAGAAGGUAGCUGAAUACCAAGGAAAAAAAAAAAAAAAAAAGAUGAGGGAGGCAGUAAUUUGUUCAGGGGCACUUUGUUAGAAUUGUUUUAAUUAUAUAAAAUAUAUGAUUGUUAUAUUGCUAUGCAGUAAUAGAGACAAUUUAUUAUUUUGAAGAAACCCCACACAUUCCUCUAUGAAGAGUAUCAUUGAUGUAAAAAGGCAGGGAGUGGCUAUUUAAUGCUUUAAUUACUGUGGUUCAUAUAUAGGAGCAGUUGCAUGUAAGAGUUUUAUUGCAGGAUUUCAGUUGUAUACCUUUAUGUAUAAUUGACAUGAUUUGAAUUUCUUACUUUUAAAGCAUGUAGAACAAUUAGAGGUGCUUUUUUUCAUUUAUUUAUUUAUUUUCCUUCACAUGCUAUAAUUAUGUGCACUGUUUUAUAGGAUAUAUAUAUAUAAAUAUAUAUAUAUAUAUAUAUAUAUAUAUAUAUAUAUAUAUAUAUAUAUAUAUAUAUAUAUAUAUAUAUAUAUAUAUAUAUUCAAGAAAGAUGAAAAUUACAAUAAAAUAUUUGAAUAAUACGGAAGUAAAAAUGCCCUUUGCUUUUUUUGUAUGUGUUUUAUGAGAAUGUAAAGUUUGCAAGGAAGGGUAUAUCCAUCUUCAUAUCCUUGUUCUUUUUAGUUACUAUUGAUAUGUAAUGAAUACAGAUAUGUGUCUAGAUAAUUUGUUAUGCAGAAUAUUUAUCCAUUUAUCUAAAUAAAAGGCUGGCAACCCAAUAUGAGGUGGUCCAGACAAAGCACCCCACACUCUUAGCCCCCAUCAGCCCCUGGUGAAAAGGGGAUAGUCUUGGAGAUCACCCUACUAUACCCCAGGAGCUUAGGCAUAGCACAGCUGGCCACAUACUUCCAUAGCAAAGCCCAACAGCUUAGACUGGUUUACUCCUGCCCCUUCAUAAUGAGACUGUCCCCUACCUUGCCCCUACUCAAAUCCUGAGACCACAGCUGAUGCUGUGGAAUGCUAUGGAAUGCCCCACACCCUAACUAGGUCCAUACCAAUGGGCUCUGCCAGUUGCCCAUACUCCUUCAUAGGAGUCAAUGAAACUAUAAUUUUUUGUACCAUCACAACUCUUCAUUGACCUCUAACACGCACUAUCACUCUUACAUGCUGCAUAGCUCUACCUCUCUCAUCCAGUGCUCUCUUCACACAGUUUAUCCACUCCAAGAAUGGGUUUCCUCUUAACCUUUCACUGUGUGCAGGAUAAAAUGUGUUUCUGGAAGUUUUUAAAAUAAAUUUUGCAGUAAGUGAAAAGUUAGUGUUUGGUUUCAUAGAAAAACAUAAUAUAUGGCAAAUGAACAAAUUUCCAUUUGUCUAAAGGGUAUAGGUAAAAAUGCCAUAUGUCUUGAAAAGGAAAACUGAUAUAGACAUUACCAUAGGAGAACUUUGUCAGCUGUGAAUUUUAUACUACUGAAAAAUGUGUUGAAUAACAUGCAGCAAGCACACCCUUUGUUCAAGACAAGAGAUGGAUGUUGAUGGUAUGAUUUGAUGUUGCACCAUACUUACUGUCUUUUGCAGUGGAUCACUGUCCUUCCUCCUGCUUUGAAUGAGAAUUACUUAAAUUUA